AUGGACGAAUGGGUGGCACUGGCUAAAGAAAAGCUUGAGGGGUAUGAAUCUUGGUCCAGGUACUGCCGCAGUUUUCAAUCCAAACAUGAAUCCCUGGAAGGGACAUUCGCCAUCGCUCGGUACUGUCAGCGUCAGGCUGCAAAAACCAAACCCAAAGCCGAACCUCAAGCCUUCCACACGCCCAUCUCAUCUCGAACCCGUGGAGCAGUGAGCCAGGUGGCAAAGGGCAUGGCCGGGCUUAGAUUGGAGCCCCCUGUGACUCCCACCAGGAAAGGGCCAAGGCCUUCACAUGGUACACCGCUUAUACCUUCUCCCACUGAUGAUAUGGAUCUGGAUGAAGAGUCAAGCCCAAGUCCAAGUCACAUGCAAUUCAUUUCUCCUGUUAAACGUGAACUAGGAAACAUUCUGUACCCCCCGACAAAAGAUGAACAAAUCGUGAACACUGCACUUAUUGUGUUUCUCGAUGCCCUUACCAUCCACUUCGACCUGUCUUCACAAUGGACAUUGCACAGGAAAGCCUUUACUGCCACUUUUGAGCAAGCGGAAUUCGAAGCAAGAACGGACGGAUAUCUUGACAGUCCUCGUGGGAAACCCAGGGUCCUGAUUGAAGUCAAACCUGUCCUCAGAUCCUCGAACCUACUACGUAUUUAG